AUGACCAAGCCAAACGCAAAUUUAUGCUAUGAGGAUCUACCUCCGCCCUACGAGGUGGCAGUCGCCGGAUAUCUGAUGGAGGCAUCCGGUAAAUCUCAAGAGGAUGGCCGCAUUCAAAUUGCUUUCAAGGCGAAGAGGGAGAACAUCGAAGCAUUAUUGCCAGAGCCACCGCGAGAAGGUUCUCUGCUAUUAACACCUCCAACUCCCUUCCGACCUACAACGCCCCUGAACAUUGUGAUCCAAAUAGUUGGAAGUAGAGGGGAUGUGCAGCCGUUUGUCGCGCUUGGCAGUCGUUUGCAGAAAGAUGGCCAUCGAGUUCGUAUCGCUACGCAUGGAACAUUUAAAGACUUUGUGCAGCAAGCAAAAUUGGAGUUCUUCUCAAUAGGCGGAGAUCCAGAAGACCUCAUGUCGUUUAUGGUCAAGAAUCCAGGAAUUAUCCCAAAAAUGACUACCAUCCUGAGCGAUGAGAUCGGUCGCAAACGCAAGAUGAUCGCUACUAUGUUGAACGGAUGCUGGCACUCAUGCAUAGAUCCGGAUCUGGAAUCUGGUCACCCCUUUGUUGCCGACGCAAUCAUCGCCAACCCGCCCAGCUUUGCCCAUAUUCACUGCGCACAGGCACUUAGCGUGCCUUUACAUAUCAUGUUUACCAUGCCCUGGAGUCCUACUCGGGCUUUUCCGCACCCAUUAGCUAAUAUCCAUUCAUCAGGCACGGAUCCCGCCCUAUCGAACUACCUCUCCUAUAGUAUGGUUGAGUUGCUCACUUGGACUGGCCUGGCAAAUAUCAUCAAUGCAUGGCGCGUGAAGACGCUGAACAUUGAGGAGUUGUCACCAAGAACCGCAACCGGGCUGAUGGAGACUCUCAAAGUACCUCAUACCUACUGUUGGUCACCGGCACUGAUUCCAAGGCCUUAUGAUUGGGCAUCACACAUAGAUAUCUGUGGCUUCUUCUUCAGGGAAGAGCCUCACUACGUACCCUCAGCGGAAAUUCAUAACUUUCUGAGCGGCAAACCAGCACCUGUCUAUAUAGGAUUUGGUAGCAUUGUGAUGGAAGAUCCAGUGUCCAUGACCAAAUUGAUACGAGAUGCAUUGAAUCAAUUAGGUAUCCGCGCUAUUGUGUCGAGAGGAUGGAGCAAUUUAGGCCAAGGAUGCGCAGAUCCGAACAUCCUUUUCAUCGAUGAUUGUCCUCAUGAAUGGCUUUUCAAGCAUGUGGCCGCGGUCGUGCAUCACGGUGGGGCGGGUACAACGGCCUCCGGACUCCUACAUGGUCGCCCAACUGCCAUCGUCCCUUUCUUCGGGGACCAGCCGUUUUGGGCUCAAAUGGUCGCUGCCGCUGGGGCCGGACCAUCACCCAUCAACCAUAAAGCGCUCACCUCGAGAGAACUUACCGAAGCCAUCAAGUUCUGUCUCAUGCCAUCUGCACGGAAUGCAGCAGCAAAGAUCGCCAACCAGAUGCGCACUGAGAAUGGCGUGUCAGCCGCUGCUCAGAGCUUCUAUCGUCACAUCCCCUGGCAGCGCCUGCAGUGCGACUUUCUUCCUGGCGAGAAAGCCAGCUGGUCGAUCUCUGCUGGGAAGGGAAGCGCCAAGAUCUCCCACAAGGCUAUGGUAAUCCUUGUCCAACAUAAGCUGUUGGACACAAAGAAGCUGAAACCUUACCACACGAAUGAGAUCCGUAUCACAAAGAAUUAUACCGAUCCAUUGUCAGCAACUUCAGCAGUAUUGCUCGGGACCAUGACAGAUUUUACUAAGGGAUUCGGAAUUCUUGCGACGGAUCCAAUUCACGGAGUUUUUCAGAUGUCUUCCAGUAUGGUCAAGGGCACUUUAGUGCAGACCCCGACGGCCCUGGCCGACGGCCUGCGUAACGUGCCCCGGCUGUAUGGAGACCAGCCUGCCAGUGCUGCACUAAUUGAUGGCUGGAAAGAUGGAAUUACAGAAGCUGGAAAGUUCUUCUAUACCGGUUUCGCAGAGGGACUCACGGGAAUAGUCACAAAACCGUAUCGAGAGGCGAAGAGUGAUGGCGCCGCAGGCUUCGCGAAGGGCCUUGCGAAAGGGAGUGUCGAGCUCUUCUCCAAGCCCGGCGCAGCCAUGUUUGGCCUCUUAGCGUAUCCUGCCAUGGGGAUUUAUAAGAGCUUGAAGAAGCUACGACUGAAUCCCACCGAAGCCCGAAUCGUGGAGGCGCAAAUGCUGGUGGGAGACUAUAUGCUUCUGAAAGCACCUGCGACGUCUGGAGAGGCUUCAAUCGUCGUGUCGAAGUACAAGGAGCUGGAGUGA